AUUAAUGGAUCUUCAUUAAUAUCUAUUUAUAAUCCAACUGGUUCUUAUUAAUUAUAUUUUUUUUAUCGACAUCAAUCGCAUUUGUAGAAAUUUAUGAAAUAGGAUUGAUAAGAUAACGUAUACGGAUAAAUUCAUACUUUGGAAGUAGUAACAUGUGAUUAUAUAGAGAGCGACGCGUAAACGUGGACAUUUUUCUUUACAUAUGUUUUGACAUUUCAAAAACUUUUCGCUCGAUCUUUUCGAAAGAUUUACAAAUAAUAGAUUUAGGAAUUUAUUUUUCUAUGUCUUAUCGCCGCGGUGAGAUUAUAUUUAUACAAUUAAUUCAAAGAAGUACGCUUAACUUUUCGAUCAAACAUCUAAAGUAGUCCAAUUUGAUUUAAGUUUUUCUCGUGACGUGAGAUUGCUUACAUAUAUCGCUAUAGAGGACACGGUAAGAUUUUAUUUCCGAUAUUAUAAUAUUGAAAUACACAUAUUGAUAAUACGAAGUUCAAAUUUUUUUUAUUUUAUCUCUAUCAAUAUCGUAACAUAAUUGUGUCGUUUCUCUAUUUUCUGCUAGUCUCGUCAUUUCUGAUAUUCGCGCGCGUGCCUCUACGCCCUAUAUACACAUACAUAUGUAUCUACUUUUGUUUUGAUUUUUUUUUCUUCUCUUUAUAUAUCACCCACGCAUGUUUCAGAUUAUUGGAAGAAACUAUUAGGAUGUCGAAAAAAAUCAUAUGUUUAUUUGAUAUAGAUGGCACAUUAACUGAACCAAGACAACCAAUCAAGAGCAAUGUUGAGAAAUUUCUUUUGACUAUUUUGAAAAAAGAUUUUGAUAUUGCCGUAGUUAGUGGAUCAGAUUUGAAUAAAAUCAAGGAACAACUUGGUAAUGAAAAUAUAUUUGAGAAAUAUAAAUACAUUUUUGCAGAAAAUGGUCUUGUUUCUUUCAGGGAUGGCAAUUUAUUACCAUCACAGACAAUUCAAAGUAUAAUUGGAGAAGAUGUACUACAAGAUGUAAUAAAUUUCUCAUUAAAAUAUAUAUCAGAACUCAAACUACCAUUUAAACGUGGAACUUUCAUAGAGUUUAGAACUGGCAUGCUCAACAUUUCACCAGUUGGACGUAAUUGUACAAAGGAAGAACGUGAACAAUUUUAUGAAUAUGACAUAGAAAAUCAAGUGCGCCAAAAAUUUAUACAAGCACUUAAGAAAGAAUUUCCUAAUUUAGCCUUGACAUAUAGCAUAGGUGGACAAAUAUCUUUUGACGUGUUCCCAAUUGGUUGGGAUAAAACAUAUUGUUUAAGGCAUAUACAAGGCUACGAAGAAAUACACUUUUUUGGUGAUAAAACAGCUCUUGGUGGCAAUGAUCAUGAGAUUUAUGAAAGUGAUUUAACUGUUGGACAUCGUGUAACUGGUCCUGAAGAUACGAUUAAUCAACUAAAUAUCCUUAUAACUCUUGUUAAAGAGAAUAAAGAAAAGGAACAAAUAGCAAUACCAAUGCAAUGUGUAUAAGUUACACCGUACAUAUGUUGAUAAAAAUUUUUGUUGUAAAUACUAAGAUAUUGUUAAAUAUUAUGCCAAAUUUUCAAUAUAAAAAAGAUAUUAAUAUUGAAUGGUAGAUUGUUUUUCAACAUAUAUCAUAAACUGUUUUUAUUUUAUUUCAAAAAUGAAUUAUAAUAAAUAAAGAACUCAUUAAUUGUUGCUAAA